AUGCUUGAUAGGGAGGACAAGGUUACGCAAGAAAAUUGCAAAGCCACCAAUGAAUGCUCUCUGAAGUCUGCUCCUGAAAUACACAAGAAUAUAGUUGUGGAUAUUCUUGUAGAAGUCGAUGAAAAAAUAUCCAAAAUCGAAAAAUUAAAAAUAGAAUUGCAAAAAAAUAACUCGUUAAGCUAUUUUUGAAAUUUUCUUGAAAAAUGCUUAAAGUCAAUUCAAGAAUUCGAAGAAAUACUUGAUUUUAUUAAAAUUUGUAGAAAAGAUACUCCAAUUGAUGAGCUACCUUUGCCACUAUGUGAAAUAAUGACAGUUCUAGAGAACGUUGAAAAAGAAAUAGAAUUACUUGAAAAAGCAAACGAAGCAUUAUUGUUUGAGAUUCAAGUCAAAAAUCUUUUUUAUAUAAAAAUUUCAGAAAAUCAAGAUGACUUUAAAUCUCAAUUUAUUAGUAAAUUAAAAGAAUUAGAAUUUUGAGGGAAAAGGCAGACAGCCAAUAGAAGUCUAUUGCUGCCUAUAGAAAAUGCAAAACUUGAUAGCUUUAACUAUGGAAUAAAGCUAACUUAUCAGUUAAUUUCUAGGAAUAUUAAAGAAAAUUUUUAUUAUCGCAAUAUAGAUUUAGAUGUGAAGUGGGAAAAUUGAGUUACUGAAAAAGAAUUAGAAAAAUUGAAUUUGCAUCAUGACUGUAAAAGUGAAAAUUCUGAGAUUUUUUGUAUAUGGAAUAGCAGUAGUGUAUACAAAAUGGACCUAAAAUCUAUGAAAAUCACCAAAAUAUUACCUCAUUCUAAAGGAGUAAAACAUUCAGCACUCAUUUAUUAUAAAGAUUAUGUUUACAUAUUCAGUGCAAACUCUUCUUCCUAUUAUUUGGAAAAAUAUGAUUUAAAAUGCGACAAAAAAUCAAUUAUGCCUACUCCUCCUGUAAAUGCCUUAUCUAAUUAUUCCUGCACUAUAUAUCAAGACUCAAUUUUAUUUUGUGCAAAAGAGUGUCGAGCAUUAUAUAAAUUUGAUCCCUUAAUAGAAGAUUAUUCGGAAAUUCCAUUAGCUAAAAUGGAUAAGCUUAGUUCCAAAAUGCUAUUUACUGGGAAUAUGAAGGCUUAUAUAGCUGAUUCUAAAAUUGGAAUUUUUGAAAGUGGGGAAAAUAAUGAGUAUGUUUGAAAUAAAAUUGGCGAAUAUAAUAGAUCUUCUUUUACUGAUAAAUAUUUGAUAUAUUUGUCCUCAUUAGAAUGUGAUUCGGUGCAGAUAUAUAGAUUUAGUCUGCUCAAGAAGGAAAUUCAUCAGAUAGUUCUUGAUUAUUUUCGUAGCUUUGACAGGCUGGAAUAUCCAAUCUGUAUUUUAUCUGAAUAA